UCUAAAGUCAGUCAGUCGCAGAGGGACGAGUGUCGAGCAACGACACGCCAGAGACGGUUGAUCCAAGGGAUUAAAGUGCGCGCGCGCGGUUUUUUCUUCGUCCGUCAAUUUGUCCUCCAAUUUCUCUUCGGGAGUCAAAAUACAACAAAGCGAUCGCGACGAAGACACAUGUGUCCGGCAGACCGAUUGUCCGGUCUCCGUUGUUCGAGUUCACCUUCGAAGUGACGAGUACACCGAAAGCGCCUCGUGUUCGCUUGAACUGGAUACGAGAGGAACUCGGCAAUAAACAAAAUAAAACGCCGGAGCUAACCCGACGAAUGAUCGAUUGACGAUAUCGCGACAGAACGGCGAUAGAAAUGUGUAUUUGUUUGAAUUUUCGACCGACGUGUUGAUGUUGUUCCCAUUGUUGUUGGUUUUGUUGUUUAGUGAUAUUAAUAACGGUAAACGGUUGGUUAUCGAACAGUGUGUCACGACUGACGGUGGAAUAAUAUAGUCACAUUGUAACGCGUAUUCUCAACCUCCGACUUUGUCGAGACGAUAAAUAAAUCCAACGAGAGAUCCGUACGUACGGUGAAACGCGGAGACACGCCAGCCCCCGAGUUUGACGGAUAAAUAAUCGAAGAGUGUCCCCGCACCUGCUGGGGGAAUAAGGGGGGGAGUGUUAACAACAAAAAGCCGGGGAGUGGUGAUUUUUAGUUUUUCAUUUGAACAACGGUGGAGCAAAACGGCCUCAAACUGUGGGGCUCUGGGGCGUUCUUUUUACCUCCUCAAGGGGUCUACUAUCCCCACAUGGUGCAGACGGGGAUGGCUGCGCCUUAUGGCGGGGGUGUAUUUCCUCCGUCGGUGAACGGAGUCGGCGGAGUCGUCGGAGGAGCUGGGGGAGCGGGAGAAGUCAAACCGCCACCCCCGGUAUCGGUGAAAGAAGAAUCCACCGGAGCUCCGCAACAACCACCCCCCGGAGCGCCGCAGGGUGCGCCUCCCUCGGGAGCGCAGCACCCGGCGGCACCUGGUGCUCCUACCGUCACAAGUUUCAGCCCUCCUCCACCACCGAACGGCGUCGACCAGCAGGCGAUGUCGGAGGUGUUUCAGGCGGCAGUCGCGGCAGCGGCGGCGGCAGCGGUCGCGGGUGGAGGAGCACAGCCACAAGCACCGACCCCGGGAGGAGGCGAAGGUAACCAAGACGGAAGCGGAGAUGCGGGGAGUCUAGUUCCGGUGGCAUCCGGAGCGACGACACCGGCCACAGUCACACCGGGAGCGGACCUCAAAGGACAACCGAAACGGCUCCACGUCAGCAACAUACCCUUCAGAUUCAGAGAUCCCGAUCUCAGGGCAAUGUUCGGGCAAUUCGGACCAAUACUCGACGUAGAAAUAAUCUUCAACGAGCGAGGAAGCAAGGGAUUCGGUUUUGUAACAUUCGCAAAUAGUGCAGACGCGGACCGGGCACGCGAGAGACUACACGGCACCGUGGUUGAGGGCAGAAAGAUUGAGGUGAACAACGCCACAGCGAGAGUGCAGACCAAAAAACCACCAACGGUGCCAAACGUCUGCGUCCAGUGGCCAGAGGCCGCCGCGUUAAGGGGAGUCGCCAUUCAAAGAGGUAGAGUCGGAGCACGAACCGCGUUCCCUGCGGGUGCCGCACUCGCUUUGGCGAGGAAUCCGAAUCCUCUAGCAGCUGCUGCGGCAGCUAGUGCUCUUCAUCCGGCCUUCGCACAAACCGUCUACUACGAUCCCUUCCUAGCAGCGCACGCAGCGACGCAGGAUCCCAACUAUAGGCUGCAGCUGGAAUGGCCGCAUCAAGCAACAGCUGCAGACGCAGCUGCAGCGGCAGCAGCAGCAGCUUCUUCUCCGCUCCUGAAGACCCCACUUUCGACGUCUCAACAGGCGACUUACGCGGCAGCGGCAACGUAUACGGCGGUAGCCGCAAGAGCGUACGGAGCGGCAGCGGCUGCGGCUCAACCCGUCGCAGGAUACGCAGCGGUUGCCGGUUAUGGUCGCGAAUACGCGGACCCCUACCUCGGACACGGGAUUGGACCAGUUGCCGGCUAUGGGGCGACGGUAUACAGAGGUGGCUACAACAGGUUUGCACCCUACUAAACGAGAAGGUACAUGGGAUAAGAUUGAAGUUAGUGUGAAGAAUGGAAUGAAAAUCAACAAAAUGAAUGAAAGGCAAAAAGUAAGAGGAGACGAACAGAAGAAAAGCAACAUGCCUCGGGCGUAUACUCAGCAGCAUACCAUGACAGCAGACCAGAAAUUGACACAAUCAUCAUAAUUCACCUUCAAAUCAUCCCUCGAUCCUCACUUUAAUUGUAAUUGUAAGAGUAAUCGUAAUCGUCGCCGCCAUCGCCAUAUCGUAACUGUUAUCGUGAUUAUCGUCGUCAUCUGAAUCCGAAAGAUCAAAGAAAGAAAAGUGGGAGUAACAAAUCCAUAACGAUAUACCUGGAUCAGAAAUCAUGAAUGUCGCGGAGCUAUCCCCGUGUACAUUAUGGCACUUGCGCGUCGUUUUCGCACACGCUAUUAAAGAAAAGCGCUGUCUAAUGCAAGCCAAAUUAUCAUGUUAAUACUAUGAAUAUAAAAUGAAAAAUAAGAAAAAAAGGAGAAAAAAACAACAACUUAGACCUUAAUAAUUAAUUAUAUUACUUGUAAACUAAAUCUAAAUGCAAAUUCAAAAACAUAGUCCAGCCGGUGACCGGAUCAUUAUCAUUAUUAUUAUUAUAAAUUUUGAAACGGAUCAAACAAAUUGACAAACGGGAGAUAUAGAAGGCGGAGAUUUACGUAAAGUGAUAAUCAUAAGUAACAAUGAUCUACGCAGUUGAAUAAUGAAGAAAUGGUCACCGCUACUAGAUAUCUCUAUACAUACUAAUCGUAAUAAUAUACGAAUAUACUUGAAUUGGGUAUUUCGAAUACUCGGAUCAAAACUCUCAAGGGAAGAAUUAUUUUCAUUGUUUUUAAAUAUAGGAAGAAAAACGGUAGCGAUGCUCGCCGUCCAGCUUCGGCGAGACGAGAAGGAAAUCAGUCGGCAAACCGUAUAAUGUUCGAAGCACCCAAUGAUAUUUAUAAUACUAGUAAGUAAAAUCCAAAAGAUGAUAAGAUGAUUUAGGUAGCUAGAUAUUAAGCGAUUGUAGGGAAUAAAAAUGAGCGUAAGUUAACCUGAUCGAAGGUUGUUAUGCCAAAUAAGUGUGUGUAGGUUGAACCAAGCCGUAGAUGGAUAGAAUACCUUCAACAUUACCCAUUAUUAUUGGAAUACAUAAAUUAAUUUCGAAACCGACGCACCUAAAGGAUUCUGGUAAACAGGGUCUAGUCAACGAUUCAUCCUUUCUAUAAAUACAUACAUUCAGCUGGUAUAAAACUUGAGGUAAACUCCUAUACCGUAUCUCGUAGUUUUGCAUUCGACGAUAUUCGAUUUAAUAAUAAUUACAGUGUAGAUACUUUCAAUCGACGUACCAACAAUGUUCACAUUUUCAACGUACCAGCCAGUUGAACUUGACUCUAUCAUUUCUUCGUGUCAGACGCGGAGAAACGAACGAAUAUCAAUCGACUACAACAAACUACCGUUUCAUAUAACUACCUACACCCGUCGAUGACUCAAUUUCCCCAUCCUGUUUUCCCUGGCACGAACACUAACCUUCGGUUUCCCUAUCAUCUCUAUCAAAUUUGGCAUAAUCAGAAUCUGUGAACAUUGGACAGGCUCAGACCCCGGAGAAUAGACUCGAGCGUUCAGGUAUACUAUACAAAGGAACAUACAUUAUAAUACAUACAUAUAGAAACGAACUAAACGUUCGCAGAGCAACCAAAUCAGUUUGUAUUUAUUUAUUGUAGUUAGGUGUAACGAACAAAACAUGACGAACGUGGUUUUCUUUCCAUUAUUUGUUUUUUCUUACCCCUCCCUCCCCCCAUCGUCGCACCCCUCGAAUAAAUCUUCUUCCAAAAGUCGUUCCAAACAUUUUACACGGUUCGAAUAUAAAUUGAAGCAUAUAAAAAGAAAAAAAAAAGAAUAAAAAGUUAUCGUGUAAAGCGCGCAAUAUCUUUUCCAGAACCAAAAACAGCUCCUAUUCACCGAUGAUUUCACACUUACCGAUGACAACAAUUAAUAAUGGAUAAAUUACUCAAUAUUAGAGGAGACUAAUUAAAAAUAUUAACAUAACAAAAUGAAAUCAUAUUAUACGUGAUCCGUGUAUAGUAUUUCCUAAAGAAUAAAUAAAUAAAUGAAUAAAUAAACUAAGUUAAUCUACGUAAUUAGAUACCGGGCGCACUGUCAUCCCCAAAUUAUUGAAUAAAUGAGAAGAAACGAAAAAAUACGGGGGCCUGAAUUCUGAACAAGACACUGAAUCCUCAGCUCGGAUGCAAACAAAAUAUAAUAACAAUAAUACUAAUUAAUAAUAUAAAAGUAGUUUUAAUAAUAACAAUAAUAAUAAUAAUAAUAAUAAUAAUAAUGAUAACAUUAACAAUUAUGGUACGCACAUUGAAUCGAGUGAGUGAUAUCCCUGUUGAAAUAAGUAUGCAUCUAUAGAUUUUAAGAGUACGAGAUGAGAAGGCGAAUUAAAAUUGGCAUGAUAUUGGGGACGGGGGGGCAGCAAACGAAUCGAACGAUUCGGUGUGAAACUCAGGCUGUAAUUCUUGAAGAAGAAGAAAGAUCAUAGAAGGACAGGGAGGGGGCAUUAGGACGUAACGUAGAAUGGUAAAUUUACAAAACCAUACGAGAGGUGUGUAUUACGUUUGAAUAGUCAAAUAUCACCGAAAUCUCGAAAUAUGUUGAUGAGAAAAUCAUUAUUUCUAAUUAUUAUGAUUUCAUCUUCCUCGAUAUCAGAAUUCAAGUAAACGAAUGGAACAAAAAGAAAAAAAAUGGAAAAGAAAACUGCGUAAUAACUUGUGCUACGUAUGCGUAGGGUGAAUUCAAUAAUAACUAUAAAUAUUGGGGUUGCUAAUUUUAUGCGACUAUUUAAGUUAUGUACACAAAGCCACGUGUUCUGUCUGUCACAUUCUUCAGAGGCGGGUUACUUGGAUUUCAUGUAAAUAGUGUGUCGAGCACAAAAUAAUAGUAAUAAUAAUUAAUUAACAAAUAAAGAAAUUAAGUGAAUCGGGAGAUGUAAUAAGAAGAAUACAUUGAGAUUAACAA